UGUGCACCCCACGUUUAAGGUGAUGUCCUACAGUUGGCAGCGUGCUUGGCAAUUACGUCUAUCUGCCGGUCGAAGUGACCAGUGUGAAGCAGCCUGUGUAAGGACACCGAGUCAGCGUUGGCUUUGGACAGAGGAAAUGACAUAAUGACCCUAUGAAGUCCCUGCCUACGUUCCAGUGCUCUUCGCGCAGCGUCUUGGUGCCGGGGUGUGGUCUCAUAUUCCGUCCACCAACACUGGAAUCUCUCUCAGCCUAUUCUGCCUAACUUAAAACAUCCUCCAGAUUCACAUCUCAAAUGCGCUCCGUAAUUAGUUCCAUAUGAUGAGACGGAUGCUCUACUACUACUACUAACCGCGCAAGGGAAAAAAGAGGAUUUAGUGGAGACAGGAGGAAGUCAAGACUACAUGAUAAGGAUGGGAAUCCUUCAAGUGCUGAAAACUCAGUUUCUGUGCCAUCUCAUCAUCUGUUAUGUAUUCCUAGUCAGUGGAAUUAUUAUCAACCUGGUGCAGCUUUGUACUCUACCACUGUGGCCCAUUAACAAGCAGCUUGCACGCAAGAUCAACUGCAGAUUGGGUUAUUCCAUUUCUAGUCAAUUGGUGGCAUUGUUGGAGUGGUGGUCCGGGACAGAAUGUACACUUUACACAGAUCCAGAAAGCUAUAAAUUAUAUGGCAAAGAAAACGCUAUUGUUGUCCUUAAUCAUAACUUUGAGAUCGAUUUUAUGACCGGCUGGACCUUCUGCGAGAGAUUUGGCGUUUUAGGGAGCUCAAAGGUGUUGGCAAAAAAGGAACUUUCCUUUGUUCCUGUGAUUGGCUGGAUGUGGUACUUUCUAGAGAUUGUCUUCUGCAAACGGAAAUGGGAAGAGGAUCGCAAGACAGUAGUGGAAAGCCUGCAGAACCUUCGGGAUUAUCCAGAAAACUUUUGGUUCCUGUUGCACUGUGAGGGCACACGAUUCACAGAAAAGAAGCACAAGAUUAGUAUGGAGGUGGCAGAAAAGAAAGGUCUACCCAAACUCAAAUACCACCUUCUACCUCGGACCAAGGGCUUUUGUGUCACGGUCCAGAACCUCAGGGGAACGGUUACUGCUGUGUACGAUUCUACACUUAAUUUCAGAAACAACGAAAUGCCAACUUUACUAGGGGUGCUCAACGGGAAAAAGUACCAUGCUGAUUUAUAUGUGAGGCGGAUUCCUCUGGACACAAUCCCAGAGGAUGAGUCUGAAUGUGCAGCCUGGCUUCACAAACUCUAUCAGGAAAAAGAUGAGUUCCAAGAGCAUUACAGACAGACAGGACGUUUUCCGGGUCCUAUUACAAGUCCUCCACGCCGACCUUGGGCCCUGCUGAACUGGCUGUUCUGGGUUUGUUUGCUGGUCUACCCUCUCUGCAUGUUACUGCUGCAACUGCUGCUAUCAGGAUCCACCUUCACUGUCGUCUGUACAUUUGUCUUCUGCAUAGCAGUGUCAGUUGGAAUCCGCUGGAUGAUUGGACAGACUGAGAUUGACAAGGGUUCGAACUAUGGGAAUAAAGACAUGCAAAUGAACAAUAACUGAAAAACUGACAGAAUAACGGUCAAUAAUCGGUCACACUGGAUGAUAGAGGGCAGUUUCACAACCGGAACUGGCGUUAGCCAAGUUAAACCACAUUCCUAAAUGAAAUAUGAGGAAGUUGCCACAUUAAGUGUUCAGAAAGACUCGUUUGAAUAACUUAAAACACUUCUGUUUUGAUUUACAUCAUGUGUAGGCUUUUUUUUUUCUUUUAAGAAACAAGUAGGCCAUUUUAAAAAAACGGUCUGUUUAUUAAUAUUCUUUUUUAAAUAUUGCAAACACUGUUGGAGGAGCAGAGAACCAGCAGUUGAUGUCUGCGUAAGAGCAUGUUUGUCCACCUAUCCGAGUGCAGCAGCAGAAAGGCGGAGUCAGACUGGCCUCUUCCCUCUCAUUGGUUGAUUAUGCUCUUGUACACCCAGAUGGUAAAGGCACGCCAUUGGCCAGCGCAAGGCUGAGCCGACGCAGCACAACUACUUAUAGGCUUAAAUAUGAAUUGUUAACAGUGGGCUCUGCAGCAAGGCAAACAAAAAUACCAUUUGAACAAAACAAAAAAUUAAAAUUAAAACCUUCUCUACUGUGACUUUCAGCCCCAGGUUUGUAUGUUUUCUUCAGUGAACGCUCAUUGAAAUUGUACAUACAGUCAGUCAAUGCCAAACUCCCUCCAACUCCCAUUCUCUGAUGCUUUGUGCGGAGAACGUCCCUUGAAUUAAAGUCUCCUAACAUAUUCCCUGUGACUUAUUCACCAACAAAGUGGCUAUUAAACUUCAGCUUUACAAUAUGCUUUGUACAAAGAAAACCCUAACCCUAUUCUUACAGUAUGUACAUAACGCACACAUCCAAA